UUUUUUUCUUUCUUUCUUUUCUCUUCUCUUUUUUCUUUUUCCAUCAUCUCUACUCCAUCCUUCUGAUCCUCCCUCAUUCCAUAUUUCUAAUCAUCAUUUGCCCUCACACAGCACCCCUUGCUAACUCUAUACUUUUUUCAACUUCACCCCCUCAGCUCAUCUAAUCCUUCAUCUAUUCUUUCUCACUUUUACUUCCACACUACAUUCUUAUAACCAUGGCUAGCGAAGUUCCUCUCCCAAUGACCCCUCCUACUUCCAAGCCCGCGAUCAGUGGCCCUCUUCGCAAGAAAUUGCAAGGCUAUGUCGGCUUUGCCAACCUCCCUAACCAGGUCCACCGCAAGUCCGUGAAGAAAGGCUUCAACUUCACCAUCAUGGUUGUUGGUGAAUCUGGUCUUGGCAAGUCAACGCUCGUCAACACCUUAUUCAAUGCCCCUCUUUACCCUCCCAAGGAGCAUGUUCCUCUUUCAGAUGAGAGUCCCAAGACCGUUAGCAUCCAAGUCUUGAGCACCGAUAUUGAGGAGAAUGGCGUCCGCUUGAAGCUUAAUGUUGUUGACACCCCUGGCUUUGGUGACUUUAUCAACAACGAAGAAAGCUGGAAGCCCAUCUUGGAGACCAUUGAGAGCCGGUUUGACGCAUAUCUUGAGCAGGAGAACAGAGUCAACCGCAGCAAAAUCACUGACACCCGUGUUAAUGCCUGCUUAUAUUUCAUUGCCCCUACUGGUCAUUCUCUCAAGUCUCUUGAUAUUGAGUUCAUGAAGCGUCUUCACAACAAGGUCAACUUGAUCCCCGUCAUUGCCAAGAGUGAUACCAUGACUAAUGAGGAGAUCACCGCUUUCAAGGAGAGAAUUCUUCUGGAUAUUGCUCAUCACGAUAUCAAGAUCUAUCACGCUCAGCAUUACGACUGCGAUGACAUCGAAACCAUCAAUGAAACCAAGGAUGUCAUGAGCAAGAUCCCUUUUGCAAUUGUUGGCUCUGACAGGCUCGUUGAGACUUCUGAUGGCCGCCAGGUUCGUGGUCGUAAAUAUCCAUGGGGCAUCAUUGAGGUCGAUAAUGAAGAGCACUGCGACUUUGUUAAGCUUCGUCAGAUGUUGAUCCGCACGCACAUGGAGGAACUUCGUGAGUUCACAAAUGACAUUCACUAUGAGAACUACCGCACAGAGAAGUUGCUUGCCAUGGGCUAUCAGCAGGACAACACUGUCUUCAAGGAGGUAGAUCCUUUGGCCAAGUUGGAAGAGGAACGCGCUCUGCAUGAAGCCAAGCUGAUCAAGAUGGAGCAGGAUAUGAAACAUGUCUUCCAACAGAAGGUCCAAGAGAAGGAAGCCAAGUUGACACAGUCCGAAGCCGAGCUCUAUGCCAAGCACAAGGAGAUGAAGGACGCACUUGAAAAACAACGUCUGGAUUUGGAAGAGAAGAAGAGGCGGAUCGAGCAGGGCCGUCCCCUCACGCCAGAGAAGACCAAGAAGAAGGGCUUUGGCUUUGCUACCAAGUAAAAAAAACAACAACAGCAACAACAACAAC